AUAUAUAUUAUUAUUAUUAUUAUUAUUAUUAUAGAGAUAGUAGAGAUAAAACACUGGGUUGCCUGUUGCCUCAACCCCAAAGCCAAAUGCGCGAUUACCUACCCUUGCACCGAUGACCUCUGAUGUCCAUCAGUUGGUGAGGCGGGCAUUAACUAUGAGCGAGCGAGAGACGGGCAAAGGCGCUCAAAGAAAGGCGUUAACGCAGCGGAAGAGGGACGCGUGUUUAGAAGGCUCCGUUCUGAACCGUUUUAAAGACGCAACUUUUUUUAUCGAUUGUCAAAAAAAGAAAGACAUCUGAUUUGCAUUUAAUUUGGAGAAGGACACCCACGUGUAUUUUUCUUUUUCUCUGAGAAUCCAACCUAGAUAGACAACUUCUGAAGAGUAGGGCGUGGAUAGCACAGUAUACAGAGAAUACCGGGAAGAUUAAAUACUAAAUUAGUUUUAAAAAGCAGUGCUGUAGCUAUUAACAUUCAUUUAAUUAACUCUCAGUUUUGAUAUAGUUUUUACGCCCGUGUAAUAUCAAGGCGAAUGAAAGUUGCCAUGGAAACCGUUCUGCUCUUCCUCUGUUGGCUCCUAGUGUAUGUCACUGGUGAAACCACUGGACAGGGUAAGUUUGGAUUUUCCCUUCUUCUUCUUCUUCUUCGGGGAGGACUUCUGUGAGGUUGAGAGAUUGAUGGAUCACAGACCAGCAGAGUGACAGCUUAGACAAGACAAUGGAAGCAGGGUAGCAUGACAAGAUGAAGGCGGUGCAGAGAGAAUGGGAAAGAGGGAUGAUGACGAGGAUGGCGAUGACAAAAAUCAUUAAUAAUAAUUGUCAGUGUGCGUACGAGGUAUCAGUGACACACUGGGAGGUAAAGCUGCUAUAAGGUUCACGUCAUCAUAGUUUGGACCGAUGGUAUCAAUCUUCUGAGUGGGAAGAGUGCAGCCUUUUAAGUCUUUUCCCUGUUAUGGUAUUUGCAUUUUGACACCCAAUGAGGACGUGAUGUACCUGCCUAUUCAAAUCAGGUUGGUAUAUUAACGUAAAACUGCAGGAUGUCAAUAUGGAUCUAAAUGGAUGUAGUGUCACCCGUGAGGUAGGGGCUCGAUUCUCCCGUGAGGUAGGGGCUAGAGUCUCCCGUGAGGUAGGGGCUAGAGUCCCCUGUGAGGUAGGGGCUAGAGUCUCCCGUGAGGUAGGGGCUAGAGUCCCCUGUGAGGUAGGGGCUAGAGUCUCCCAUGAAGUAGGGGCUAGAGUCCCCUGUGAGGUAGGGGCUAGAGUCUCCCGUGAGGUAGGGGCUAGAAUCCCCUGUGAGGUAGGGGCUAGAGUCUCCAAUGAUGUAGGGGCUAGAGUCCCCCGUGAGGUAGGGGCUAGAGUCCCCUGUGAGGUAGGGGCUAGAGUCUCCCGUGAGGUAGGGGCUAGAGUCCCCUGUGAGGUAGGGGCUAGAGUCCCCUGUGAGGUAGGGGCUAGAGUCUCCCGUGAGGUAGGGGCUAGAGUCCCCUGUGAGGUAGGGGCUAGAGUCCCCUGUGAGGUAGGGGCUAGAGUCUCCCGUGAGGUAGGGGCUAGAGUCCCCUGUGAGGUAGGGGCUAGAGUCUCCCGUGAGGUAGGGGCUAGAGUCCCCCGUGAGGUAGGGGCUAGAGUCCCCUGUGAGGUAGGGGCUAGAGUCUCCCGUGAGGUAGGGGCUAGAGUCCCCUGUGAGGUAGGGGCUAGAGUCCCCUGUGAGGUAGGGGCUAGAGUCUCCCGUGAGGUAGGGGCUAGAGUCCCCUGUGAGGUAGGGGCUAGAGUCCCCUGUGAGGUAGGGGCUAGAGUCUCCCGUGAGGUAGGGGCUAGAGUCCCCUGUGAGGUAGGGGCUAGAGUCCCCUGUGAGGUAGGGGCUAGAGUCUCCAAUGACGUAGGGGCUAGAGUCCCCCGUGAGGUAGGGGGGAGGGGUCCCCUACUGAGAUCAUGGAUUGUCCUGCAUUUUGGGUGGUAUUUCUUAGUUUUUUUUUCAUGUGCUUAUUUUAAUUUCUUUUUCUUCUUUUAAAAUGUCUGUAAAGCACUUUGUAAAGUCAGUGGUUAAAACUGUGCUUUAUAAAUAAAAAUUGAUUGUUUGUUUGAUUGAUUGAUCUAAUAUGUCCUGUUUAUUUGUGAAUUUUGUCUUUUGUUUUUGUCGUGUUAAGCAGAGAACAAUGAGAAGGUCAUAGACCCAUUUGACUAUGACUAUGAAAGCCUUCGGAUUGGAGGACUGGUGUUCGCUGUGAUUCUCUUUGCCCUGGGCGUCCUCCUCAUCCUCAGCCGAAGGUGUCGCUGUAGUUUGAACCAGAAGCCCAG